AUGGAGGAUGAAGAGGCACCUUCUCAAGCAGUGCCACAGGUCAGGGCUCCAAAGGCAGGUCCAGCCACCCAGAAAGCUUUCCCUUGUGAGAUGUGUGGCUCAGUUGUGAAAGACAUUUUGCUCCUGGCUGAGCAGCAGAGAAUACACCCCAGGCACAAACUGCACACAUGUGGUGCAUGUGGGAGACAACUCUGGUUCAGUAUAAGCGUCCCCCUGCACCAGAAGCAGCACAGUGGAGGAAAACACCUCAGAAGGGAUGAGGACAGGGCUUUCUUUGUUAAGAGCUCUAGAGUCCUCAUGUCAGAGAAUCCCUUCACAUUUGGGGCUGGAGGGGAGGACAUCCUGCCCAGCUCAGGCCUUCUCCAACACCAGACCAUUCAUAGCAAGAGGAAUUCUCUAAGAAGCACUCAGUACAGGGAGGCCUUUCAUACUGGAGAAGGGCAUUACAGGUGCAGGGAAUGUGGGAAAGCCUUUGGCCACAAAAAUAGGCUUCUUGAGCACAGAGUCCACACUGGAGAAAGACCUUUUGAGUUCAGUGAAUGUGGAAAAUUAUUUAGCCAUAACUCUAGCCUUAUGUAUACCAGAGUUCACAGUGGAGCAAGGCCUUAUGAAUGUGGUGAAUGUGGGAAAUUCUUUAACCAUUACUCUAACCUCUCUAUACACCAUAGAGUUCACUCACAACUAAGGCCUUAUGGAUGCAGCAAAUGUGGGCAAGCCUUCAGCUACAAACACAGACCCAUUCAAUACCAGGGAAUUCACACUGGGGCAAAACCUCAUAAAUGUAGUGAAUGUGGGAAAUUCUUUAGCUGUAAAACCACACUUGUUUGGCACCUUAGAAUCCACACUGAAGAAAGGCCUUAUAAGAGCACUGAAUGUGGAAAGUUCUUUACCCAAAGCUCCAGCCUUAUUGCACAUCAUAGAAUUCACACUAGUGAAAGGCCUUAUGAGUCCAAUGAAUGUGGGAAAGCCUUCAGCCCUAAGUCCAUACUUGUUCAACACCAGAGAAUCCAUACUGGAGACAGGCCUUAUGAGUGCAGUGAAUGUGGGAAAUUCUUUAGCCACAAGUUUGGCCUCAUUAAACAUCAAAGAAAUCACACUGGAAAAAAAGUUCACAGUGGAGCAAGGCCUUAUGAAUGUGGUGAAUGUGGGAAAUUCUUUAACCAUUACUCUAACCUCUCUAUACACCAUAGAGUUCACACUGGGGCAAAACCUCAUAAAUGUAGUGAAUGUGGGAAAUUCUUUAGCUGUAAAACCACACUUGUUUGGCACCUUAGAAUCCACACUGAAGAAAGGCCUUAUAAGAGCACUGAAUGUGGAAAGUUCUUUACCCAAAGCUCCAGCCUUAUUGCACAUCAUAGAAUUCACACUAGUGAAAGGCCUUAUGAGUCCAAUGAAUGUGGGAAAGCCUUCAGCCCUAAGUCCAUACUUGUUCAACACCAGAGAAUCCAUACUGGAGACAGGCCUUAUGAGUGCAGUGAAUGUGGGAAAUUCUUUAGCCACAAGUUUGGCCUCAUUAAACAUCAAAGAAAUCACACUGGAAAAAAGCCUCAAUCCUGUGGCCUUCCCUCAUUUCGUACCAGAAAACUCACACUGGAGAAAGGCCUUCUAGAGCAGGGAACAUGCUAUCUGCUUGGUUAA